AUGCCCGCCAAACUCUCCCCCGAAACACCCAUAACCGAUGCCGCGGCCCUCCCCGCCUCGCUCCCCCAAUCCACAGACCCCUCAACAACACUAUCAUCUUCCGAUCCCGCCGACCAAACACCCACCACCGCCACCCCCGACUCCGAGACCAUCCUCAAGCUCCUCGUCUGCAGCCACGAAUUCCACGCCGACUGCCUCGUCUCCUGGUUCGUCCUCCGCAAGACCAGCUGUCCGAUAUGCCGGUCCAUGUACAUGAGCAAAGAAGCCCUCGACCAGCACGACGAGGAAGAGAGGAUUGCGCUGGGCGGCGAUGUUACGCCUGCGGCGUUGGAAGCGGGGACUGCGAAUCAGACACCUGCGCCGCUGCCUAUGAGUAAUUGGCAGUACUUCUUGCAUGGGAGUGGGAUCAGGAGACAGCGGGUUGUUGAGGCGAGGACGAAUGCUCAGGUAGAAGCUCAAGCGCAGGCUCAGCCCGCAGUGGAGUUGCAGGAUCGUGCGCCGCAGACGGGGGAGCAGAGUGCGGAUGCGAAUGUUACUGUGGCUGCGGGUCCGGCGGAUACGGCCGCGCAGCAAUCGGAUCAGCCGUCUAGGACGAGGUGGCAGAGGCUCUUGAGGCGGUAA